AUGGAACCUCCUGGUACUGGGAAAUCCUAUUUAGCUAAAGUCAUUGCUACUGGAUGUCAAGGUACAUUUAUUUCGGUGAGUUCGUCGGACCUUCUUUCGAAAUGGCAGAGUGAAAGUGAAAAAGAUGUGAAGGCUUUAUUUGAACUUGCUCGUGAACGGCAACCAUGUGUUGUAUUUAUCAACGGAAUCGAUGCUCUGUGUGGACAGCGUGAUUAUACAGAGACUGAAACUUCAAGACGUGUCAAAACGGAAUUUCUUAUUCAAAUUCAAGGCGUUGAAACUGAUAAUUCGGAUGUUAUUAUUCUUGCUGAGACCAGUAUUCCUUGGGCAUUGGAUACUGCUUUUCGACGACGGUAUAGUUCACAUGAAAAUUAG